GCAGAAUCACUAACAGUUCAACUCACACUCAAUCACAGUCCUCACCGGAGCUCAGAGCGGCGACGCAAUGGCGGCUGCGAUCGGAGCUCUACCAUCUCUGUAUGCCGGCGCUGGAGAGAGGAUCGACGGUGCUGCUGCCAGCAAGAUGUCGUACCGGAGACUGUCGUUCGCUGCUUCUCAUCUCUCCGGCGAUAAGCUGCUGCCAUUGAAUUCUCCACGGAUGCGUUCCGGAGAGAAAGCCUCGUCUGUUCGGAAUGCUCCGUUUAUCGUUUCGCCCAAGGCUGUUUCCGAUUCACAGAAUUCGCAGACUUGUCUCGACCCUGAAGCUAGCAAAAGUGUCUUGGGUAUUAUCCUUGGAGGCGGUGCCGGGACGCGGCUCUAUCCUCUUACUAAGAAGCGCGCGAAGCCUGCUGUUCCACUCGGAGCAAAUUAUCGCUUGAUUGAUAUCCCAGUGAGCAACUGCUUGAACAGCAAUAUUUCCAAGAUUUAUGUUCUCACGCAAUUCAACUCUGCUUCACUUAAUCGUCACCUCUCACGGGCAUAUGCAAGUAACUUGGGUGGAUACAAAAACGAAGGUUUUGUGGAAGUUCUUGCUGCUCAGCAAAGUCCAGAGAACCCCAAUUGGUUCCAGGGUACUGCUGAUGCAGUGAGGCAAUAUCUGUGGCUUUUUGAGGAGCACAAUGUUCUUGAGUUCCUAAUUCUUGCUGGUGAUCACCUAUACCGAAUGGAUUAUGAGAGGUUCAUUCAAGCACACAGAGAAACAGAUGCAGACAUCACAGUUGCUGCAUUGCCGAUGGACGAGCAACGUGCAACUGCUUUUGGCCUCAUGAAGAUUGAUGAAGAAGGAAGGAUUACUGAAUUCGCAGAGAAACCAAAAGGAGAACAGUUGAAAUCUAUGAGGGUUGAUACCACUAUUUUAGGUCUUGAUGAUGAGAGAGCUAAAGAGAUGCCUUACAUUGCAAGCAUGGGAAUUUAUGUGGUCAGCAAAGAUGUGAUGAUUAAUUUACUUCGAGAAAAGUUCCCAGGAGCUAAUGAUUUUGGAAGUGAAGUUAUUCCUGGUGCAACCGCUCUUGGAUUGAGAGUUCAAGCUUAUUUGUUUGAUGGCUACUGGGAAGACAUUGGUACAAUUGAAGCCUUCUAUAAUGCCAAUUUGGGUAUUACUAAGAAGCCAGUGCCAGACUUCAGCUUCUAUGACCGAUCAGCUCCGAUCUACACUCAACCUCGUUAUUUACCUCCUUCCAAAAUGCUUGAUGCUGAUGUUACAGACAGUGUCAUCGGUGAAGGUUGUGUAAUAAAGAACUGUAAAAUUCAUCAUUCCGUGGUUGGACUUAGAUCAUGUAUUUCAGAAGGUGCAAUUAUAGAAGAUACAUUGCUGAUGGGAGCAGAUUACUAUGAGACGGAUGCUGACAGAAAGCUUUUGGCUGCAAAGGGAAGUGUUCCAAUUGGGAUCGGCAAGAACUCCCACAUUAAAAGGGCAAUCAUUGACAAGAAUGCUCGUAUUGGCGAUAAUGUUAAGAUUGUCAACAGUGACAAUAUUCAAGAGGCGGCCAGGGAAAGUGAUGGAUAUUUCAUAAAGAGUGGAAUUGUGACGAUAAUCAAGGACGCGUUGAUUCCCAGUGGCACCGUCAUCUAAGACUAGAUACGUGUUUAAGAGCGGUUCAGGUAUAUCGGCCUUUCAUACGCAGUUUUCGGCCUAAGGACCUUCUGCAAUAGGGUGCUUGAAAGUGUUGCUCUUCUUGGCUGGUUUUACUGUCUAGAAUCUUUGUUUUUUGUACAUUGUUAUUAUUAUCAUCCUCCUUGUCUGCAACUCUUGAGAGAUUCAUUAUGUAUUGUGCUAGCACCUAGUCUAAAAUUCAAAUAACAAGGUAGCUUGUUUUUUUAAAUACAGCAUGUAAUUUAUUAUAUACAUACUGUACACUAGGUUGGACCUUGGUUCUGGUAUAAAACCCAACCAGGUAAUACACGGACGGCCCCGUCCUGGUGCUGAAAGCGGUAACACCCUUUCGAGGCCCCCUUAUAGCUAACCCACAACUGUCUGGUCUUUAACCGGAAUUGUACCAGGUCCACCUGACAAAACGGUGCUCUUUUUAGUUUUUAACUUUUUAUAGACAGACAGGUACUGAAUCUAGCCCAACUGGCCCAGCUCCCCCUGAAGCUAUUUUUACGAUAAAACAUGUAUUUUAUGCUUUAGAUUUGAUGAUUAAAAACAUGUUAUACUAAUAUAUUGUGCUUGAGAUUUGAUGAUUAAUUAGAAAGAAAUGCAUAAAAAUUAAUUUUUUUUUUUUUAAAAAGUGACUAACCUUAUACUCCGUAUUAAAUAAAUACAUGGUUCUAAAUGGAAGAAAAAACUGUGAAAGCAUUAUGCUUUUAUUUCCCAAAAAAAAUAUGAAAGCAUUAUGUUUUUAUUCCCAAAAAAAAAUCCCGGAUGUGAGCACUUAUUGACAUACUACCUCCGUAACACAAAGAUCUUCCCAUUUUGACUUUUCACGGUCUUCUAAGUUGAACUUUGACUCUAAAUAUCUACAUAUCUAUAUUUAUAAAAUUCAUAAUAAAUUAACAUUCAAAUAAUAUGUUUUACAAUGAGGUAUAUAAAAUAAAUUUUUAAUCAUAACAUAAUGUGAGUUUUGAAUAAUUAAUGGUCAAAGUUUAUAAAGUUUGACCCAAAAGAGUCAAACUGGGAAGAUUCUAGAGUUACGGAGGUAGUAGCUUUUUAAAAAUCAAAUAACCAUAUUAUUGAUAAUCAGAUCUUAACAAGAAACAUAACUAAAACGUCAUAUAAAACCACUGAUGUUCGCUAACCCUGCAACAAUGUAGACUCGUACCGCAGUGUGUCUGCUCAUAUUACUCAAAAUGGGUUCGGCUUGACCGACCACCGAAAAAGAAUUAUUGAACUUGUUGGUUUUUUCAGCCACCGGUAAGGAGCCAAGUGCAGAAAUUGUUCCGAUUUGACCAGCCACCGGAAAGAAAGCAAUCCAUCCAAUGUCAUAUUCCUGGAUCAGCGGUGGUUCAGGAGGGGGGCGAUCGGCCUCUAUAUUUAUCGGACUUCAAUAUCCUAAUACUUCAGGGAAAGGUGGAAAAUUCUUAAAUCAAAUCAUUCAUUAGAGAAUAAUAAAUUGGAGACACCGUAUUUUCGACAAUUUAUAGAAGGGAAACACUUCCCAACUCAAAUUCUCAAUUUCAAGGAUUGCACAGGGUUAGAGCAUGCGGUAAAAAGGAAAAGUUCCAGUGCAAAGGACAAAAGACACUUGUAAUCUCCAAAGUCCAAACAUAUACUCCGUAUUACUAUAUACAUUUCAGACGACUAAACAUGGAUUCAAAUGCAUAACCACCGAAAAGAUC